GAAGGUGAAGAAGAACUUUCAAAUGACCCAUUCUCCACCUUAAAAGAAGGAAUCCUUCCCAGAUUGAUCAAAGUAUUUGUUGACAGAAGAAAAUAUGCUAAAGGACUUAUGAUGAAGUCAAAUACAUCAGGUGAACGUGCUAAGUAUGAUAUUAUACAAAAAGCACUUAAACUUACUGCAAAUAGUAUGUAUGGCUGCUUGGGGUUUACAAAUUCAAGGUUUUAUGCAAAACCAUUGGCAGCUUUAAUCACUUCAAAAGGAAGAGAAAUCUUACAGGAUACUGUUGAUUUGGCAAAAAGAGAAUCAAUGGAGGUUAUUUAUGGUGACACAGAUUCCAUAAUGAUCAAUACAAAUACAUCAGAAAUGCAAAAGGCAUUAGAAGUUGGAAAAAUUUUGAAAGAAAGAGUUAAUAAACGAUACAAAUCGGUUGAGAUAGAUAUUGAUGGAUUUUUUGAAAGGCUUUUAUUAUUAAAGAAAAAGAAAUAUGCAGCUGUUGUUGUAGAAAACAAAAAUGGAACACUUGUUCGUCAUAAUGAGUUUAAAGGACUUGAUUUGGUGAAAAGGGAUUGGUGUGAAUUAGUUCAUGAUGCAUCAAACUAUGUCUUAAGUCAAAUACUUUCUAGUUCUGAUCAAGAUACAGUGCUUAAAAAUAUUCAUCAGUUCCUUACUCAAUUGGGAGAAAAUACACGUCAAGAAAAAUUUUCAUUGGAUAAAUAUAUAAUAAAAAAGAAUCUCACCAAAUCACCUGAAGCUUAUUCUGACAUUAAAAGUCAACCACAUGUAAAAGUUGCAUUAAGAAUGAAACAAAAAGGAGCUAGUGCACAUCAAGGAAAUACUAUUCCUUAUAUAAUAUGUAAAAAGGAUGGGGGAGAUAAUUCUAAAAAUGAACAUGUUUCAGAACGUGCAUUUCAUCCAGAUGAAGUUAGAAACAUGAAUUUAAAGAUUGAUUUUGAAUGGUAUUUAACACAACAAGUUCAUGCUGCUAUAACCAGAUUAUGUGUAUUUUUUGAAAAAACAAACAGUUCAAUAAUUUCUGAUUGUUUAGCCAAGUUUAAUGAAUCAAGUAACAACAAUAAUAAUUCUACAACAUUUACUGGAACUAUAGAUCAAAUUGUUUUCAAAAAUAUUGAUCGAUUUUUGAUAAAAU